UUGGCAGGAUUGAAGUCGACAAAGGGAGAGAAAGCAGGGAGAAAGCAGGAAGGGAUUGAUCGACCACCGGAAUUUGUUGUUUGAUUGGAUUGUCCCAUUGACUUACUUUCUUCUUCCAACAUAUUCACACCUCAACCCACUUCUUAUCUCAGUCAGUUCAUACGGUGUCUCAGAGCUAUCCCUCCUCGCUCGGCAUCACUCAUCUAGACUCUGGAUUCCAGUGUAGAAGUUAUCAUUCUACUCAACGAGUUAGUCGCAGACACGCUGAAUCACCCAGCACAUUGGUUGUAUUGAAAGCGCUUCCCAUUGCCCCUGUUUAAUUCCACUAAUUCACAUUUCGCAUAGGUCAGCGUGACCUUAAUGAUGGCAAUUGUCGUCGAACAAGUCAUCAUCGACCAAGGUCCGCGUAUCGUAUACGUAUGUAUCUACUUAUUAAUGGAAAUCCAUAAUUGUACAGGAGACCAGAAGGCAUAUUAGUUCACUUCCUGUUGGAUGUUUCGACCAUUUACUUCCAAUCACCCGUUCAUCAAAGAUUCAGGAAGCGAGUGGGUAAAUUGAGUGAGCCGACAAAAGCAAAUAAAAACACAAACGACCAUCUAAUUGGAUUUAUUGGUGGUUUAUUAUCGUUUAUAUGGAGGUGGCUACCACCACAUUACGCACUCGUAAAAUAAUAAUUCGGAGGGAUAAACUUGAAACCAGAAGAGGAUAGGUCGCCAAAGUACAAAUGUAAAUGUACCCCAGUAAUCAAGAGUAAUAAAACAAGGCUGCCCAGAGGAGAAAUAAAAAUGUAUUCCAAAUCGCAGAGGUCAGUCUUGCCUGUGAACACAAAGUACACACAAUACGUGGAGAAAUUGAAUGACCACCACAUAAAACAAGUAAUAAACCCUUCCGAUUCUAACCUCAACUCUUCUACCUCUACAAAUAUUACUAGUAUUCCCGUCAUUGUGGAUUACGAACACUUAGUAGAAACUUCCAAGCAUAGUAAACCUGACCCGCACGUUUCUAGAAAUCAAAGUAAAUCCAAAUCUACGAUGAGUAUUUCUAAAACUACUACCAAAACUAACCGUGCCACUAAUAAUAGCAGUAGUGAGGCAACAAUGGUUACUUCGGCCACAUCCGGUGCUGGGGGAUUCAACAAUAAAAACAAGACGACAAAGUUUGCAGAGUUGUUUUCCCCCGAAGAAAGUAACGCCUUGAAACUCUACAUUUUGCAAAAGGCUGCAUCGGCGCCCAAUAUGAACGAGGUGAUCACUUCGGAGGAGGACGAAGAGGGAAUGUUUGGUGGGGGUGGUCUCAGUGUCGGCAGGAGAGGAGAUGCCCUACACCUCAUCAACAAGUCCCCAAGCAGCAAACGACGUCGUUCUGCUGAUAAUUCACAACCCCCAGCAGCAGAAGUCCCACUGACGGACAUGCUGCAUACCGAACCCCUUCCACAACUUGAUCCUGAGCACGCAGAUUACGAUGACGACGUGGACGCUGGGAAUGACCCAUUCGGCAACAAGUUGAGGACGAGCAGUGAGUCCAUAGCCAACAUUGUCUACUCGAGCAUAAGACCAGGGCUGGAGGGGGGAGGAGGAAACGCUGAAUUUGACACGAACCUGCCCACGGGGUCAGAUUCCAAACAGGACUACGACCCUCAUGAACCACUCCCUAACGUUGAUCAGAUGGCGUUGAGACACGAGUUGCUCAACAACAUUCGAGCAAUCAGUCGAGCCACGUAUUUUGAGGACCUGUACAGUGGAAAAGUAAUUCAAAACGAUGGACCACCAGAAGCUGAGAUUCUAGAAAUUUUACAAAACUCGGAUGGUCGAUUGUCCCAGGAUGAGAGGGAAAGAGUCGAAGAUUGGGUGCGAGACUCGAUUCACAACAGUGCCAACAUCGAGAUGGAUGUGGACCCAGCAGGCGACGACGACACGCUUCCUCCUCCUCCUUCUCCCCCACAACAACAAGCUCAACCUCUCCUCCACCAUUGGAAACCUACUACAACGAGCCCUGGCGAUACUUUGAGGUCAGAGUUGGUGGUGGUAGGCGACGACGACGACGAUGCUCAUGAAACUGGUGAGACUGGCGACAGUGUGAAUAAAAAGGGAAGCUAUCGAUCAUUUCGUAACUCCCAACAGCCAGAAGUUGACCAGGUUCCUCCACUACUUCCAGAAAUUAUUAACCCACCACUAACCCGUCUAACAACAAGGGACAAGCGACCCUACAGUUUUAGCCAACAUGACAGCGGUGCCACUACGACCGUAAUUACUAAACCCAUUCCUACUCACAUUAGUCCAACAGGCCUCUCCAAAACUACUAAUAAUCAUACUAACGUUAAUAAUAAGGGGGGAAUAGGACCCCCUCCUCCUCCUCCUUACGCAAGCAUUACCCAGAGUACAGUGUCCAACUUUUCUCGCCACUUUCCCAGUAACAAUAAUGCCACAGCUACUACUACUACUACUUCCGGUGUUGAACAGGUCCAACGACUGCAACGACUUGGCCAAAUUCAGCAGCCAAUUGUCAUCCCAAUGCCGCAAGGAGGUCGUAACCGUCCACCAACCUACCCGGUAAGGAAGCCAAACGUUGUGGCUCACCAUCCUCAGAAUUUUAGCAAUAGUAGUAGCGUCGUGAGUAUACCCGCAUCCCUUCCCACUAACAGCAAUUCCAAUGCCAACAAUAAUAAGGGGAGGAACCAUAAAGGGCCCCAUUACAAAGGUGAAAGUGGGAGUAACAAUAGUUUUCCGGGCAAAUAUACAAAGAUUCCAAGGAUCUACCAGCGGCAGAACAUGAACCAAUGGGUGGCCAAAAAGGUGUGGUUCUACAUGAACGGAGACGACCGCUUUCCACGGAUCGAGUACCGCUUCCGACCUCGCGACCUACAGACCAUGGACAAUCUUUUGAAUCUAUUAAAUAAGAAAAUGCCCCAGUUGCCGCAGGGGGCGAGGUACGUCUUCACUCUCGACGGUCGUCUCAUCGAGUCCGUUGACGAGUUAAAGAACGAGCAGGCCUAUGUCGUAUCGAGCAUUCGAAAGUUCAAGCCUCUCAACUACGCCAUCAGGAGAAAAUUGACAACAAGAAAGCGGAGCACGGACGACGAACAUUCCCCUCGUGCCACCCCCACUUUCCAAAAUCUCCCUCCAAUAGUUUCUAGAUCAAAGUCGACUGGUUUGAAUCUCAACUACGGUAAAAAUCCACCCUUGAUUCGAAUAAGAAGAGCUCGGUCGCAAAAAUCCUAUGAAAACAGUACCAAGAGUUCUUCCAUGAAAAUGAUUUCCUCCAGUGAAACCAACCUAAGCAGUAAAUUGUAUGGCGAUGCGACUCUGAACAGUCUCGGCUAUAUCAGCAAGAACAAAAGCAUAAGCGUUUCCUCCAAUAACUUGAACAUUACAAAUAACAACAACAACAGUAUUAAACCCACCAAAAGUAGUUAUAAUAAAAGUAAUUACAAUAGUCAACCAACGGAUGGGGAAAGGCGGCGGCGGAAAAGUUUCAAUGAUAAUAGUCAUGGGAAAAGUGGUGAGGGUCAGUCAAAAUCAGAUAUUCCACGAAUCGUAGCAGAAGUCAUUGGUGAAGCCUCGAGUCAUGGGACGAACGGGCGAAUUCGCUUGGAAAGACAAAUGGUGAGGGUUAUCAACGGUGCGGACCCUUCCGUGCAAAGCCAAGUACUGCUGAACACCAAGACAUCUCAACCUUUCGAGGACUUGGUUCGCGAUCUGGGGUUGGCCGUGAAACUCCCGCACAGCCGGAAAGUGGGCAACCGCUUAGAAACCUUGUACGGAAGACAGGUUCGGAGCUACUCUCAACUACGGAGCGAGUUGAAAGUUGGAAACAACACGUUUUAUAUUUAUGUCGACAUGGACGACGAGGACGAGGAUUACCACAGUUCAUUGCUCCCAAACAUACAACGCCAACGGUUAUCCAUCAUCACACCACCCCCUGAUCCACAUCGAGUCAAGAGGUCCACCAGCAACGUGUCGGAUCGUUCCAUCCUACGACCGAAAAUCUCACUGACCAAAACACUCUCAAACUCAUCCUCUGAGUUGUCCACCACCUUCACAUCCACGAGAUAUUUGGACGCUGGAUCGUAUCAUGAGUACAACAACAAUGUCGGGCAAAGAUCUGGAAGCCAACGACGGCGCCAUAGACGCAGGUCCCAAGCUAAUUCCCUCACGGCGUCCCCAUCUGCGUCUACCUUUCACUUGCCACCUAUUGUUGGGGACAAGGCCAACGUUAAGACGACGAGGAAGCGCUCCGUGUCUCCCAUUAUGUUUCCUUCCCCCCAUCUUCACUACCCAAUGAACGCAGCCCGCACGGUCCACUUCCAGACCUAACACUAACAGCUAUAUUCUGCAUAAUACUGAACUCUUGAAUACACUAUGCCAUAUUUAUCCAAUUUUCAUAACAAGUUGACUGCAAGGAAAAUAAAGUACCUGGAAUGCACAUAUUUAUAACCCGUGUGUGUGUGUGUGCGAUAAUUAGCCAGAUUUUUAAUGAAAAAUAGAGAAUGAGGGUACAUAUUCAAUUUCUGCAAUAUUUGUAUUAUUAUUAAUUGAUAAUAAAGAAACAUACGAUUAUUACAUUCGGGUUGGUUAUUGACUAUAUAAAUAUAUCUGAAUUAUAUUAUACGCUUGCAAAAGAUCAGUAAAAGCACUUCAAGUUAUCUUAAUUCUAUAAAAUAUAGAAUAUGUAUGUAUAUCUAA